AUGGAGCCACGGGGCUGGCUGCCUCUGCUCCUGCAGUUGGGCCUGAUGUGGCCCCUGGGGGCUCUUUCUGAGCCCCGACUGAGGGUAUUUGUGGUUCCCCACAGCCACAUGGAUGUGGGCUGGCUGCACACCAUACAGGAGAGCAUGCAGGCUUAUGUCACCAAUGUCUACAACUCCGUGGUGGAGGCACUGACCCUUGAGAAGAAGCGCAAGUUCAUCGCCGUGGAGCAGGAGUAUUUCCGGCUGUGGUGGGAUGGCGUCGCCUCGGACGGGCAGAAAGGCCGGGUCCGCCAGCUCGUGGCCGAAGGUCGCCUGGAGUUUGUCCUCGGAGGCCAGGUCAUGCACGAUGAGGCCGUGACUCACUUUGAUGACCAGAUCCUCCAGCUCACAGAAGGACACAGCUUUCUCUAUGAAACAUUUGGGGUCCGGCCGCAGUUCUCCUGGCAGGUGGACCCAUUUGGCGCAUCCUCCACAACCCCCACCCUCUUGGCCCUGGCAGGCUUCAAUGCCCACGUCAUCUCCAGGAUCGACUACAACCUGAAGGAGGCCAUGCAGGAUAACCGGCAGCUGCAGUUCGUGUGGCGAGGGUCCAGAUCCCUGUCGGCGCAGCAGGAAAUCUUCACACAUGUCCUGGACCAGUUCAGCUACUGCUCUGAGGGAUUUUACUGGGAUGGUGACCCAGUCUUCCCAGGCCCACCCACGGAUGGCCUGUACCCCAGCAUGGAAAUCCCCGUCACUGAGGACACCAUCCCAAGCUUUUCCAGUCUCCUGGUGAACAACGUGUUGGCUCGAGCCACCUGGUUCCGGACACCACACGUCCUCUGGCCCUGGGGAUGUGACAGGCAGUUCUUCAACGCCUCACUGCAAUUCACCAACAUGGACCGUGUAAUGGAGGAGGUCAACAAGUUCACAUACCAGCACGGCAUCUCGGUGCAGUACGCUACGCUGGGCAACUACUUCCAGGCUGUGCACGCUUACCAGCUCUCCUGGAAGGUCCGAGACCACCAAGACUUCCUGCCUUAUUCCUCAGAAAUAUUUCACGCCUGGACCGGAUUCUACGCCUCCCGAAGUGGUCUCAAGGGGCUGGCAAGGAGAGCCAGCGCUCUGCUGUACGCCGGGGAGUCCAUGUUCACACGCUAUGUGCUGUUGGCUCCCCACCGGUUCCUGGACCCGGCCUGGGGCCUGCAGCAGCUCCAGCAGCUCCGCUGGGCGGUCUCCGAGGUCCAGCACCAUGACGCCAUCACCGGGACUCACACCGUCAAGGUUGGUGACAUGUUUGUGGAGCACCUGAGCACUGGGAUGCAAGGGGUGCACAAGCUGAUGGCCUCCAUCAUCCAGGACAGAUCUCCAGCCCACUCAGGCCCAGAGCCUGGGGGUCACUUUGCGGUGGUCUACAACCCACUGGCCUGGACGGUCACCACCAUCAUCACCCUGACUGUGGGCUUCCCUAAUGUCAGCAUCUCAGACGAGACAGGCCGCGCUGUGCCUGCACAGGUCCAGAGUUCAAAGGAGAUGCCCUCUGCCUAUGACUUGCACGUGCUGACCACGAUCCCAGGACUCAGUUACCAGCACUACAGCAUCCGGCCCAGCAGGAGUUCCCAGGAGGCCACUGGGGAGACUGCACCCUUUGUGGCCAGCACCCAGCAUUUUGGACACAGACUCAGGAGACGUGGCGGACAAGUGGGCUACCACCUGGUACCUGUGGAGAAUGACUGCUACACCGUGUUCUUGGACACAGAUACCAACCUGAUGCACAGCAUCUGGGAGAGGCAGAGUAACCGAACAGUACGGGUGACCCAGAGUUUCAUGGAGUAUCAUGUGAAGAGUGAUGUCAAUCAUGGCUCUGUUUCAGACAAUUAUGUGUUUACACCCAGUGGUGCAGCAGAGCCAGCGUGGGAGGCUGUGAGGAUGGAGAUCGUGGAGGGGCAGCUGGUGACUGAGAUCCGGCAGUACUUCUACAGGGAGGUGAACGACAGUGAGCCCACAUUUGCCAUCUUCUCCUGGCUGGCCCGCGGGCCCCAGGGCUCUGACGGGGAGCUGCUCUGCCAUCGCAUAGAACAGGAGUACCGGGCGGGCCCCUUGGAGCUGAACCGCGAGGCCAUCCUGAGGACAAGCACUGAUCUGAACACGGGGUGGGUCCUCCACUCGGACAACAACGGCUUCCAGAUGCAGCGCAGGCCCUACCGGCAGAACGUGUGGAACACCAUCGCUCAGAAUUACUACCCCAUGGUCCAAUCGGCUUUCAUCGAGGACUUACCAAGCAGACUGGUGCUGCUGUCCGAGCAAGCGCAUGGCAUCUCCAGCCAAGGGAACGGGCAGGUGGAGGUCAUGCUCCACCGGCGGCUGUGGAACAAUGACAAGUGGGCCCUGGACAAUGACCUCACACUGAACGACUCCUCGGUUGUCCACCCAGUGUUCUGGCUCCUGCUGGGACCCAAGACACUCACCAGUGGCCUGAGCCAGAGGAGCGGGCUGGCGCUGCAGCACCGGCCCGUUGUGAUCCUCAGAGAGAUGAACGAAACUGCCCACAGAGGCAGUUGGAAUGGUUCUUGGAAGCAAGAGGCUGUGACACUCCCCUCAAGUGUCCACCUGCAGAUCCUCAGCAUCCCCGGCUGGAAAUACAGCUCGAACCACACAGAGCACCUGCGGACUCUCCAGAAAGGUCAUUUCCACGAGCCCAAGGCAGACCUCCGCCGUGUCCUGCUGCGGCUCCAGCACCUGUAUGAGGUGGACCAGGACCCUGUGCUGUCUCAGCCUGUGACAGUGAACCUGAGGUCUGUGCUGGGGGGACUGGGCUCCGUGGUGUCCGUGGAGGAGCGCUCACUCACAGGGACGUGGGACAUGAGGAUGAUGAGCCGCUGGACCUGGAGCACGAGGGACCCUCACCGCCACAGAGGAAACUCCAGUCGGCCCUUGCCACUGCCAAGAGGCCCCAUGGUCACCAUCUACCCGAAGGAGAUCCAGACAUUCUUCAUUCACUUUCAAGAGCAAUGA